GGAUCCAUCUACCAAUAACCAAACAACAGAAGAACGUCAUUCCAAGAGCUAGCUAGCACACUAGCUAUCUGUUUUCUCUGGAUGCUCCAAGCUCCAGAGAGCUGGCAUCAGAUUUGAGGAAGGUCUCCCAAUCAGCAACUGAUCUGCAGCAGGUAGCAGGAAGGAUUAAUCGAUCGACAUGGACGACUCGAGCAUGUUUCUCCAGUGGGCAAUGAACCAGCUGCACGAGCACCCCCCUGCAGCCGCUGCUUGUGGAUACCAGGAUGGUGGCGGUAGCAGCCGCAUGGGCGGCGGCAGAGAUGAGGAAGCUGCCUUCCCGUCGCUCCAAGCGCUCCCCAACGCCUCCCAGUCCCAGUCCCAGAACGCGACCGCCGGAGUCCGAGACCUGACGGUGCAGGUGGACCACCUGGCCAACAGCUGGAGCUCCAGCGAUAGCCCCGGCGCCGUCAUGGACCAUGACGCGGCCGCCGGGUGGUCCCCCCACACAGCCCGCGCCAGGACCACCGGCCUUGGCGGCAGCAGCAACAGCAGGCCGAUGAGCUGGAACUUCAGCGCCGCCGCCUUGUCGAUGGCGCAGACAACCGAUGAGACCGGCGGCGGCGUUGCGGUUCCGGAAGCCGCGGCGUCUGCGCGGGCGCAAGCGCCGGCGAGGAGAGUUGGCAGCGCGGGACCUGCGGCGGUGGCGGCGUCAUCGUCGCCGGUGCCGGUGCAGGACCACAUCAUCGCGGAGCGGCGGCGGAGGGAGAAGAUCAACCAGAGGGUCAUCGAGCUCUCCACCGUCAUCCCCGGGCUCAAGAAGAUGGACAAGGCCACUAUUCUCGGGGACGCGGUGAAGUACGUGAGGGAGCUGCAGGAGAAGGUCAAGUCCCUCGAGGAGGAAGGCGCCCGCAACGCCGGCAACGGCAUCCAGUCCGCGGUGCUCGUCAAGAAGCCGUGCCGCGUGCCCGACGACGAGGGGGCGGCAAGCGGCAGCAACGGCGGCCUGCCGGAGAUCGUGGCGCGGCUCUCGGAGAAGAGCGUGCUGCUGCGGAUCCACUGCGACAGCGCGAGGGGGCUGCUGGUGACGGUGCUGUCGGAGGUGGAGCAGAUGCACCUCUCCAUCACCCACACCAACGUCAUACCCUUUCCCGCCUCCACCGUCAUCAUCACCAUCACGGCAAAGGUGGAGGAGGGGUUCAACGCCACGGUAGACGACAUAAUAAGGAGGAUUAACUCCGUGCUGCACCAACAUUAUAGCAGUAAUAGUGAAGAAACGAGAAGAUAAGAAAAUAUCUUGCUCAUGCAUGCAUAUCUACAUCCAAGUAAAGGGCAUCUGAGCAUGCAAACCUCUUCAUUUAAUGAUUUGAAAAGGCUGAUGAUGAGAUCCAAGAGAAACUUAAGGAUGGCGAGGAAUUUCUCGUGUGUCCAUCCACGCACUGUGAUCAGGUGAUGAAUGAUGAUGAAAUGAUGGCAUGACUCAUGAGCAAGUUAGUUACGAGAUUUCUCAACCACAAGUUGCAAGUUUUGGUUAGCGUUUUGUUUCUCAAUCAAAAUCAUUGAUGAGGGAACCCAAAUGACUACCUUUUUCUUCAUGUCAGGAUUUUUUUUUCUAAAAAAUGAAAUCUGUUGUUAAUUAUUGCUUUUGCAAGUUGCAAUGUUUGCAUCAAACUUUUAUGUAGGAAUAAAACAUUUCACAUAUAUA